AAUUACGCUUCUUGCACAAAUGGUCGGAAUACUUGUAGGCACAGCUGUUGACAUUGAGUUAGGUAUAUUUCUAGUUCCGGCAAUCAGUAUACCAUUAAUGCUAUUCGCUGGAUUUUAUGUAAAAUUAGAAGAAAUGCCAACGUACCUGCAGCCUAUAUGCUAUUUAAGCUUUUUCAGAUAUGCAUUUGAAGGAUUAAUGCAGGCAAUCUAUUUUGACCGACCAAAUCUAUCAUGUUCGGAAAUCUAUUGUCACUGGCUGUCUCUUAUACACAUCUCUGAGCGG